UCAUGAAAUCUGAAACAUCUGUUCGGCAUACAGAAAUCGAGCACUCACUCGGAUUUUGGCAAGCAGCUAAACUAUACUAUCCGGCAGCAUUAUGGGUUCUCUAUGUGAACCUUGCAACUGUACUCAAGGGUAUGGAUGGGGGUAUCACUGGUAGUCUUAUCGGUCUCGGCCCCUUCAAANAGACCUAUGGACAUCCUUAUAACGAUACCUAUGUUGUUCCAGCUGCUUGGGUUAGUGCUUUCGGCUACGCGAAUAACAUCGGUGGUGUUUGUGGUGCUCUAUUCUCUGGUGUUAUCUACGAAAGAUGGGGUCCUCGAAAGAUGAUCGCAGCGUGCUCCCNNCUUGGAUCGAUUGGUGUCAUCUUCAUACAGUUCUUCAGUACUACACCUGCACAACUGUUUGUGGGCCAACUACUCAAUGGUGCGAUCAUCAGUUUCUUUCCUAUCUGUGCAUCAGCAUACACGGGCGAGGUGUGUCCUCUUGCUUUGAGGGGCGUGAUGGCUUCUUUAACAAACCUUGCAUUCAUCUGCGGUAAACUCAUCUCCUCAGGAAUCAUGAAGGGAACAAACUCGAUCGAGACUUCUUGGGCUUACAGGAUCCCUAUCGCUACACAGUGGACUCUUCCAGUGGUCAUGCUAUCCUUGGUAUACUUCUGUCCAGAUCCUCCCUACUGGCUGUGCCGCAAAGGACGACACGAAGAUGCCGCACGAUCACUCAAACGCUUUGCGACCAACGAAGUCGAUACCACGCUUACCCUGGCCAACGUCAUGGAGACUCUGCGUUUGGAAGAGUCGUCAAAGCAAGAUCGUGCAAGCUAUCUAGAUUGCUUCCGUGGCACCGAUCUCAGACGUUUGGUCAUCUGCGUGAUGGCAUACGACAUGCAAGCCUUCACAGGCAACAUGUUAUUCAUCAGUUAUGCAGUCUACUUCUUCGAGAUGGCCGGUUUGGACUCAGCAAAUGCAUUCUCUAUGAACCUUGGUCUGACGGCUCUUGGGUUUCUCGGAACUUGUGCUGCUUGGCCUCUGUUGUUCUAUGUUGGAAGGCGCCCAGCAUAUCUGUUCGGCACAAUUGGUCUUGCUACGAUCAUGUUCCUCAUUGGAGCCAUUGAUUUCGCACCAAGAUCAACCUCCGCACCUACCUGGGCACAGUGUUCGUUGAUGCUACUGGCGAACUUGAUCUACGAUACGACUAUCGGGCCUUUCUGCUAUGUCAUGCUUGCCGAGGUGCCAUCAGCAAGACUUCGUGGUCUCACCAUCGCCUUGGCUACAGUCUCUGUUCAAGUCAUGUCUAUCGUGUUUGCCGUUGCGAUACCUUACGCCAUGAAUGAGGACGAAGGCAAUUGGCGAGGCAAAGUGGGUUUCUUGUUCGCUGGGCUUGGGCUCUUGUGUGCACUCUACUGCUACUUCUUCAUGCCUGAGACAAAAGACAGAACCUUUGAAGAACUCGACAUACUGUUCGAGCAAAAGGUUCCGAGCAGAGAGUUCCGUGCAUAUAAGUUUGAUGCGGAGACGGAGAGCUCUGAGACUGUGUUUGUGGAAAAGUCAAAUGUU